UCUCCCCUUCCCCUCUUGCUCCCCCUCAGCCACACAGACACUCCUCCUGUGAGCAUUUGUGAGGCAGCUCCUGUCCCUUAUGUCUCUUUGUAGGGAACAGAGCAGACUUCCCAGAGCAUCACUGAAGACAAGAUACAACUCUGGGGACUACACCCGAGCUGCACACCCCUGUGCAGCCCUGGUCUCAGCUGCAGCGGAUUCCAGAGUGGGCACGUGGAGAGGAAAGACAGACCAACUUGAGCUGGAGGAGCAUAAUUCAGAAGUCUUGAGGAAUAAGUGGAAAAGAAAAAUACAAACUAUCCCAGAGGUCACUUCUGAAAUGAAGAGAAGAUGAUCAGCAGGGCAGACUCAUCAGCGCUGGAUUGGACCACGAAAGAAAAAGGAAUCUGGAACACGUUCCGAAAAGACAUUGAUGGUUUGAAAAUGAGCAGCUCUUUAAAGAACAUCUUGAAAGGUCCCAACAGUGUUUUUAAUUCAUCAGUCAGGCGUUUAUCUUAUUUCUCCAGCUUUCUCUGAGAGGGGACAUUAAAGACUUUGUUGAUAGAGCUCUUGGGGAGUGAGUAAUAUUUCUUAUAUGAAGUCUUAAAACUUUACAGUUGUUGACUGGAAGGAAACAGAACUGCCAAGUGCAUAAGAAAAUUAUGUUAUGGUGUACUCUAUGGGGGAGACGCGUGUGUCUGGACUAACAAUUCGUUGACGCACAACGGACUGCAGAAAUGUUUACGGGAUGUGGAGUGUUCAGUGGCCAUAACCAGUGCUUGGCUAACAACAAUGUCAAACCCCAACCAGGACUGGAGGUAAAGAGACCAAACCAAACUGCCAAUGGAGUAAACCAGGGGACGUGCCCCUUUUAUCAGGGUCAAACUUACACAAGCGCUGUAAUGCAGCCAGCAGUGUUCAACAGUGAUUCUAAUCCGCUAAAACCUUCAGUGUUGCCAGCUUCUCCAACAGCAGUUAAACUAGGCCAGGAAGGUUUCAAAAAAGUUGGCCGCGUUGAGGAGGACAGCCCCUGUCCCUUUCCAGGUCUGGCUUCUGGGGUGCUGGAGAUGCGUGUCAAAGAGGGUAGCAAGAUUCGCAACCUAAUGGGAUUUGCUAUGGCUCGGAUGCAAGGAGAAAAGACUGGAAGUGCUGCAGGCGGAAUAGUUGCCGGGCUCAGGCAGGUCAUCUUUACUGGGUCAGGUCGCGCGGUCACAAAGACAAUCACCUGUGCUGAGAUUAUGAAACGAAAAGUGGGCUGCCUGCAUCAGAUGACCAAGCUAAGGUACAAAGUGGUGAAAGAAGUGUGGGAGAGCAACCAGGGGGCGGCAUCCGAGAUGACGGUGCACAGGACUGUACCUUCCAUCAGCAUCCUUCUUUCUAAGGAUCCUCUGGAUCCACAAGAGCCAGGCUAUCAGCCUCCAGAGGCUCUAAGUGCAUUGUGGGAGGACAGAGCAGGGACUGAGCCUUCAGCACAAACAACAUACAAGAGACCUCUUGGACAAUUGCCAUGCAGCGGCUUCCCUCACUGUAAGAAGCUGUGCUUGGAGGAAGGAGUCUCAGUCCUUCCUCCUAACUGACUGGCUAAACCCUUGUCACAGUGGAGAGGAUUGAAUCAGCAAAGUUCAUUUGGCACUGCACUCCAGUCUAGCACAAUGCUGAGACAAUCAGAACAUUCACUCAGUUAGAACAGUGCUUUCUUAGAAGAACUGAAUCCCAAAUUCAAGCCUCAGUAGGUCAGUUUGACUGAGAUUGAAAAGCUUGCUUCUGUACAAAGAGCAUUCACAGAACAGAUUUAUGGCCUCCGACAUCACAACUGUGAUAAUGUGUGCUUUUACUGUGUGAUGCCGAAUGCAGUCAUAUCCCACAAUGACAACAUCAAAAUGAAGCCAUUGAUUGCCUAAGUCAACUAUGUUUGAGUUGUGGAAAAAACUACUUCUUGGUAUGAAAACCUUUUGUUCAUAAGUACUCUGAAACUGAGCUUUUCAAAUGAAUAAAUAAAUAAAUACAAUUUUGUAAAAGAAAUAAACCGAAAAUAUUGGUGGUAUAACAAAUGAGAAAAUGUACCAUUUUAGUUUGUCUGACUAUCAAUCUUCCCACAAAAAUAAACAUUUUCUUUCCAAAUUAAG